AUGGUGGAUCAGUCGUCUAUCGAUGGGCGUCACCCAAUGAUGAGGGUUCUGUGGAAGCCCGACGUCGCAAAGCUCACGCAGAGCAAUGCACAGGGAUAUUCAGAUUACCCGACAAAUGCUACAGACAAGAUGUUGGAGAUGCCUCUCACAAAGAACCUGGCCAAGUUGGCGACAAUGGCAGGUCUCGUCGCUCAUCUCAACCCGCGAGUCAACAUCCUCGAGCUGGGUGCCCCAAUCCCAGACUUUACCAGACACCUUUUGCGAGAUGUUUUACGCUCUGAAACACCCUACAAACAAUUCGGCUCUUAUUCUCGCGGCUACUUCACCGCAAACGGUGAGCUCUUUGUGGAGGCGUUGGAGUCAGCGGACUCAAUUGCGGACAGCUUCGACAAGAUCCAACAACGGGUUGAGGUCACAUACGAUUUGAUCAUAUUCCCCAAUCCCUUUUACCAAGACGAAUUUGCUCCGGAGCGAUUGAAUCUUGUCCAAUCGUUUCUGCGACCUCAAGGAAGAGUGCUGGGCCGCCUACCUGCCGCCCUCGAAGUACCAGACAUGGCUAAGUCUGCUGGGCUGGGUACAGUCCAGAUCCCCACGGGAGAUGCUUCCGAAGCUCUUCUUCUAGCAAGCAGACUGAAAGACAGAGGGGGCGAGUCAGAUGAAAAUAUUCGUCGUAUAGUAGUGGUCGAACGUGGAUGCAACAGUGCUUUCAAGGACUUCAUGGUUCAGGCACUAUCUGCAUAUAUCGAGAAACCGGUGGAAAGAGUCACCCUUUCCGCACUGACCUCUGGACUCGUCACGCCAGGAACGACCAUCAUUUCUAUGGUAGAAUUGUACGAACCGCUUUUGGCAACGAUGUCUGUCCCUGAGAUGGCUAGCCUCAAGAUCAUGACGGACAACGCGGAGAACCUACUUUGGAUCACAGGCGGCGAUCAACUCAGCGGAGUCCGCCCCAACUUUGCCAUGGUGUCAGGCUUUCAGCGAUCUUUGGUGCUCGAGCAGCUAUCUCUGAAAUUCUGUACCUUUGACAUCGACCAGCCGGGAGCUCAUCAACAGGCAACAGUUGACAAUAUCCUUGCCGUAUUAGAUGAGCUAGGAUCUGAAGAAAUUCGUGACUGUGAGACAGUUCAGAAGGACGGCGUCCCUUACCUCAGUCAUUUCGUGCCAGAAGAGACAAUGAAUGAGACUUUCCGGCAGAAACUGGGAGUCAGGCAAGCACUGAAACCCCUUGGCCAAGUCAAACCGUGUCGCCUUACCAUCAGAGAUCUCGGUCAAUUUGACACAUUGGCUUUCAAGCCGACUGCAUCCAGUUCCAAGGAAUUGGGGGCCGAUUCGGUUGAGGUGGACGUCAAGUCUGUCGGACUGAAUGCCAAGGAUAUCUACGUCUACUGCGGCAAGGUCGAGACUCGUGGCGCAACCAGCUCUCUAGAGUGCGCCGUGUCGAGGCUGACAGCAGGUGAUCGUGCUUGUGCGAAGCUGCAAGACGGAGAAGAUUACAAGGUGGUAUCGACACUGCCUCUGGUCUUUGCUACCGCACUCUAUGCUCUUUCUGAUCGCGCCAACCUUCGCGAACAUGAGAGUGUUCUUAUCCACUCCGGUGCUGGCGGUGUCGGAAUCGCUGCCAUUCAGAUCGCCCAGCUGAAGGGUGCAGAGAUCUUCACAACGGUCAGCACCGAGGAAAAGAAGAAUUUCUUGGUCAACCACUUUGGGAUAAGAAGAGAGAACAUUUUCAACUCCCGCGACGCUUCAUUCCUGCCUGGCAUUCUUGGUGCAACCAAUGGGAAAGGAGCCGACGUCGUCCUGAACUCCCUCACUGGAGACCUUCUACACGACAGUUGGAGAGCUUGUGCGAGAUUUGGAAGGCUGGACAUGCAGAUGUUUCGCCGCAAUGUUACCUUCACGGCCUUUGACGUGAGCGAAUUGUGCGACAUCAGCAAUCGAACUCUGAGCAAUACGUGGGAAAGGCUACUGAAAGAAUUCAUGACCCUUUAUCGAAGUGGACAGAUCAAAGCCUUUGAUCCCCUCAGGGUCUUUGAUGUUUCAGAGAUAUCUCAAGCGUUCCGACACUUCUCGUCUAAGAACCGCAUGGGUAAGAUUGCAGUCUCUUUCGAGAAAGAUGAAUCUUUGGUCCAAGUCCUGCCGUCUCAAUACGACUCAAAUUUCUCCGACCAUAAGACCUACGUCCUCAGUGGUUGUCUCGGAGGCAUCGGGCGAAGCAUCACCAAAUGGAUGGUAAGGCAAGGGGCAAGAAAAUUCGGCUUCAUUGGCCGUUCAGGCCUCGACAAAGAACCAGCGCGUCGACUAGUGCAUGAUCUGGAAGACUCGGGGGCCAGCUGCACCGUCAUCCGUGGUGAUGUUGGCAACUACGAAGACGUCCAAAAAUGCGUGGAAGCUGUCGAUGGACCAGUCGGUGGUGUGAUCCAAGCAGCCAUGGGCCUGGACGAACACAUUUUCACGGCCAUGUCCAAUCAGUCGUGGCACACGAGCGUCAACCCCAAGGUGCAUGGGACCUGGAACCUUCACAACGCCAUCAAAGGCAGAGACAGCGAACUCGACUUCUUCCUGAUGACCAGCUCCGUUGCCGGCAGCGUCGGCACCGCCACCGAAAGCAACUACACGUCCGCCAAUUCCUUCCUCGACAACUUCGCCAAACACCGUCGCAACCAAGGCCUACCCGCCACCUCGAUCGGCCUCGGCAUGAUUUCCGAAGUCGGCUACCUGCACGAAAACCCCGAGAUCGAAGCGGUCCUCCUCCGCAAGGGAAUCCAACCCAUCAAAGAAGACGAACUCCUCUCCAUCAUCGACCUCACCCUUUCUCGGCCGGACCAUACCCUGGUGGGUGAAGCCCAUAUCCUCACCGGCUUGGAGACGCAGGGCAUGAAGAAGCUGCGCCAGAUGGGCUUCGAGGGCACGAUCCCGACGCUCAACGACUCGCGCGCCUCCAUCCUCGCCAGCUCCCUUGACGGCGAGUCUGACGCUCACUCCAAGAAGAGCGACUCCGGCCUCCCGCCCGCGUUGGCCCAGACCCUCGAGCCCGGCGGCACUAAUGACGACGUCCUUGACACCAUCACCGCUAUCAUCGUCGCGCGGUUGGCGAAUCUGAUCUUGGUGCGCGCCGAGAAGAUCGAUUCCAAAGUCCCACUCAUCAAAUGGGGGAUGGACAGCAUGUUGGGCGCGGAGUUCCGUACCUGGUUCUUCAUGGCCUUUGCGGUCGAUAUUCCCUUCUUGCUGUUGCUGGGGGCGGAGGUGACGCCGCAGGGCCUGGGAGAGAUGACCAAAAAGGAUAUGAUGGCGGCGAAUCGGUUUGUGAUUGACUGA